AUGCCGUCCCUCGACGCUGAGAUGUGGGCGUGGUACGCCUUGACGUUGAUUGUGGUGGUUGCGCGAAUGGCGUCACGCCGAAUGUUGCUCGGCUCAUUCAAGCGCAUGCUUGCAGAUGAUUACCUCAUGGCGGUGACAAUGAUCACGUAUACUGCCCUCCUAGCUAUUGUCAGCGUCCUCACGCGAACACCCACCAACCUCAUCAACCCCGACGAUCAUAUCGUACUCACCCCCGAAGACAUCAAACUCCGAGAAUAUGGAUCGAAACUGGUCCUCGUCACGGAACAUAUGCAGAUGCUCACCCUCUGGGGCGUCAAGGGCUGUCUACUGUUCAUGUACGGCCGACUGACAAUGAGUUUGAAGCAAAACUUCUCGGUCAAGCUGGUAGCAGGCUAUGUCGUCGUUGGAUUCGUUGUGAUGCAAAUUUUGUGGUUUGCUGCUUGGUGCCGGCCUUUCAAUCACUACUGGCAGGUUCCUCCUGAUGACUGUGAGCAACCCGUUGAUAAGACAAGGGAUUUGGACUAA